AUGGUAACAGGAAAUUUAAGAAUGAGUAUGCCGUUACAAAUGGUAAGGUACUAUGGGAUCCCUUCAAAGCCAAAUAUAAUUUUAAAGCAAAUGCCAUUUGUGGGAGAGAAUGCAACAUUCACAUGCAAUAGUACAUCAACAACGAUACCCAGCAAUCACAGCCUUAGUUUGACAUACACCUGGAUUAUGAACGGCUUAAACUUGCCUGAAGACGAAAGAUAUUCGUACGCAUCGAAUAAAAUGACAAUAACUAAUAUUGUGAAGGUUGAUGUUGAUAGUCGAUUUCGUUGUUCAGUGAAAGAAAAUUUGGGAUAUUCAUCGGACGAGAGUAAAAUAUUUUCGUUUAACGUUUAUUAUGGACCUGAUAUCGCUAUGAUAAGUGCUGAUUCACCAUACCAUAUAACUGAAGGAGAAGUGAGCAAGGAAAUAACAUGCACAUCAACUUGUAACCCUGGAUGUACCUACAAAUGGACACAUAUACCGAUAGGUUUAUCAGUAGGUGUUAACGGCGUGUUAUCAUUUAAUCAAGUAAACAGAAGUGUAGCAGGCGAUUACGAAUGUACAAUAAGAAAUACAGCCGCUCCAAACAUAAAAUAUGUUUCAAAAAAUGUGAAAAUAAUUGUUUACUAUCCGCCAACGGUCACAAUACGAUCAUCAGUAACAGACAUUAAGGAAGGACACGAAAUGACGUUGUUUUGCGAAGGAAAUGGCGUUCCUUCUAAUAACACAUACAUCAGUUUCACACAAACAUUUAAUCAAGGUUACAUUCCUAACAGAAAUUCAGCAUUAAAUGGCACAGAUCGUUUUAGUACAAUCCAUUUUUCGUCGUUAUCAUUUCAAGACACAGGACUCUACACAUGCAUGUUGAAAAACGGUAUUAGAAAUAAGAAUGGAGAAAUCAACCAGUCCGGUUCAAAAGAGAUUUUUGUUGAGGCGCUUCCUAAAAUUCUGACUGAUGACCUUAGAUUUACCGGUUCUACAGAAGGCGUUGGACGAAUCGAAAUAUCGAUAUAUAGUUAUCCUGCAUUGAGCCAAGUAACUCUAUUACGACAUAACCAGAAUGUCCUUUCAUCUGAUAAAAAAUAUGUUUCUGAAGGUAUCGUUCGAUCGUUGUUCUAUGGAAGAGAUGUUUUAUUGAACGGUAGUAUAUUCGAAUUCGAGAUACACGACUUAACAAAAAUUGACUUCGGCAACUACACACUGAAUUUAAAAAACAGUAUUGGCACUACCAAGGCUAUUGUCUCUAUUAUUGCAGAAGGUAAACCAUCGUCACCAACAUCAUUUCAGUACUUACCUGGAAAAAACAUUCCUUCGUUUAUCUGGGAGAAAAACUUCAAUGGCGGACUUGAGCAAAGUUUUAUAAUACAGACCUCUGUAGCCGGUAAAAAUAUUUGGACAAACCGUACACUUAUUUCGGAAAGUGAUGAAAAAUAUCAAAUCAACGAUACAUAUUUUUCUACAGAAGUUCAUGGACUUGAGCCUGGUAUAUACACUGCCCGAUUAAUUUCAAAGAAUUUAAAAGGAGAGUCAGACAUAGUCGAAUUAGGAAAGACAUUUGAAGUUUUUAAACCAACAGAAAACCAGAAACAAACAGCAGCUAUCGUUGGAGGGUGUGUUGCUGCAACUGUGGUCGUCCUUGUUGGAUUAAUUGUUCUAAUAAUGAUUCGAAGAGCAAAAAAAAUGAGAGGCACAAAGCCUGGGUCUCAAAAAGCUCGUUCAAGAAAUGAUGGUCUCAACAAAGAUAAAAAUGAUGAAGAAUCUGAAGUGAACACGGUGAACCCUAUGUAUGUUUCGGCCGAUGACAUGCCAGAUAACACAUACGCGCAGCCAGUGAAGAAAAAGAAGGCACCUGAAGCGGGAGAUGUUUACGCAGUUGUCAAAAAGAAGACAAUGCAUGACAAAAAAGAAAAGCGAAAUGUGCAUGCCAAAAAGGCGGAACAAGACAUUCCGACACCAUCAAAG